UCUGUUCCCUCCCGCGAGCCUCGGGGUUCCUCAGCUGGCCGAGGUCGAGUCAGUGUCAGUCAGGGAGGCGAACUGCUGAGCACUGGCCGCGGACGCUCAGUUGCAGUCUCGCCCAGGGGCCGGUACCUGCGCUCGCGCUGCCGGGUGGAAAGGAUGAAGCCGCAGCUGGAGCAGCCACCCUAUGAUUGGCUGUGGCGCUUGUGAACCCAAAGUAAAGAUGGCGGGCGGGCAGGCAGCCGCCGCACUGCCCACUUGGAAGAUGGCGGCGCGCCGCAGCCUCAGCGCCCGCGGCCGGGGGGUCCUGCAGGCGGCUGCGGGGCGGCUGCUGCCGCUGCUCCUGCUGAGCUGCUGCUGCGGUGCGGGCGGCUGCGCAGCGGUGGGCGAGAAUGAGGAGACGGUGAUCAUCGGGCUGCGACUGGAGGACACGAACGACGUGUCGUUCAUGGAAGGGGGGGCGCUGAGGGUGAGCGAACGGACCCGGGUCAAGCUGCGGGUGUACGGGCAGAACAUCAAUAACGAGACGUGGUCCCGCAUCGCCUUCACCGAGCACGAGCGGCGGCGCCACAGCCCGGGGGAGCGCGGGCUGGGGGGCCCCGCGCCGCCAGAGCCGGACAGCGGCCCCCAGCGCUGCGGCAUCCGCACCUCAGACAUCAUCAUCUUGCCCCACAUCAUUCUCAACCGCCGCACCUCGGGCAUCAUCGAGAUCGAGAUCAAACCGCUACGCAAGAUGGAGAAGAGCAAGUCCUAUUACCUGUGCACGUCGCUCUCCACGCCCGCCCUGGGCGCCGGCGGCUCGGGGUCCGCGGGUGGCGCCGUCGGGGGCAAGGGCGGCUCGGGGGUGGCCGGGCUGCCGCCGCCCCCGUGGGCCGAGACCACCUGGAUUUACCACGACGGCGAGGACACCAAGAUGAUCGUAGGCGAAGAGAAGAAGUUCCUGCUGCCCUUCUGGCUGCAGGUGAUCUUCAUUUCGCUGCUGCUGUGCCUGUCGGGCAUGUUCAGCGGCCUCAACCUGGGGCUCAUGGCCCUGGACCCGAUGGAGCUGCGCAUCGUGCAGAACUGCGGCACGGAGAAGGAGAAGAAUUACGCCAAGCGCAUCGAGCCGGUGCGCAGGCAGGGCAACUACCUGCUGUGCUCACUGCUGCUGGGCAACGUGCUGGUCAACACCACGCUCACCAUCCUGCUCGACGACAUCGCCGGCUCGGGCCUCGUGGCCGUGGUGGUCUCCACCAUCGGUAUCGUCAUCUUCGGGGAGAUCGUGCCCCAGGCCAUCUGCUCCCGGCACGGCCUGGCUGUGGGGGCCAACACCAUCUUCCUCACCAAGUUUUUCAUGAUGAUGACCUUCCCCGCUUCCUACCCGGUCAGCAAGCUGCUGGACUGCGUCCUGGGCCAGGAAAUAGGCACCGUCUAUAACCGGGAAAAACUGCUGGAGAUGCUCCGGGUCACCGACCCCUACAACGACCUGGUUAAGGAGGAGCUGAACAUCAUCCAAGGGGCGCUGGAGCUCCGCACCAAGACGGUGGAGGACGUGAUGACCCCACUCCGGGACUGCUUCAUGAUCACCGGCGAAGCCAUCCUGGACUUCAACACCAUGUCUGAGAUCAUGGAGAGCGGCUACACCCGCAUUCCAGUGUUUGAGGGGGAGCGCUCCAAUAUCGUGGACCUGCUGUUUGUCAAAGACUUGGCCUUUGUGGAUCCAGAUGACUGUACCCCCCUGAAAACCAUCACCAAAUUUUAUAACCACCCCUUGCACUUUGUUUUCAAUGACACCAAGUUGGACGCUAUGCUGGAAGAAUUUAAGAAAGGUAAAUCUCACCUGGCUAUCGUGCAGCGGGUAAACAAUGAGGGAGAAGGGGAUCCGUUUUAUGAAGUUCUGGGAAUUGUCACCUUAGAAGAUGUGAUUGAAGAAAUCAUCAAAUCUGAGAUUCUAGAUGAAACAGAUUUAUACACUGACAACAGAACGAAAAAGAAAGUGGCUCACCGGGAACGAAAGCAAGAUUUUUCUGCUUUUAAGCAGACAGACAGCGAGAUGAAGGUUAAAAUAUCACCACAGCUCCUCCUGGCCAUGCACCGUUUCCUAGCAACAGAAGUAGAAGCAUUUAGCCCAUCCCAGAUGUCAGAGAAGAUCCUUCUAAGGCUGCUAAAGCACCCCAAUGUCAUCCAGGAACUGAAGUAUGAUGAGAAGAACAAGAAGGCCCCCGAAUACUACCUCUACCAGCGCAACAAGCCAGUAGACUACUUCGUUCUCAUUCUGCAGGGACCCUACUUCAGGGACUUCCCCAGCACCCAGAGUCCUGAAUUUUCAACAGCCUUCCCGUGGCCCCACAGAUGGGGACGUCCUGCUGCCUGUCCCUCUCCUGCCAGGGCCACCGUCCUCCCACUGAUUCCUCUGUGGGGUAGGAAAGCCUCCUGCAGCCCCCAGCGGCCUGUGGGGAAAGUGGAAGUUGAAGCUGGGAAAGAAGGUAUGAAGUUUGAAGCGAGUGCCUUCUCAUACUAUGGCGUGAUGGCCCUGACAGCCUCUCCAGUUCCUUUGUCCCUGUCUCGUACCUUUGUUGUCAGCAGAACAGAGUUGUUAGCCGCAGGUUCUCCAGGUGAAAAUAAGUCCCCUCCUCGCCCAUGUGGCUUGAAUCACUCAGACUCUCUCAGUCGGAGUGACCGGAUUGACGCCGUCACACCAACACUGGGGAGCAGCAAUAACCAGCUCAAUUCUUCACUCCUCCAAGUCUACAUCCCCGAUUACUCGGUGCGAGCCCUUUCGGAUCUGCAGUUUGUUAAGAUCUCAAGACAGCAAUACCAAAAUGCCUUGAUGGCAUCCCGGAUGGACAAAACCCCCCAGUCAUCAGACAGUGAAAACACUAAAAUCGAAUUGACUCUUACGGAGCUGCAUGACGGGUUGCCAGACGAGACAGCCAACCUGCUCAACGAACAGAACUGUGUGACGCACAGUAAGGCCAACCACAGCCUGCACAACGAAGGCGCCAUCUAGGCCGCACUGGCUGCACCCGCCCAGGCCCGCACCCGCCCAGUCCCGAGGGCCCAGCCCUGUCUGCCCAUGACUUCACUGGUGUGAGCUUGUCUGCCAUGCUGCACCCUGCAACAUCCUGAGACCAAAGACCUUGUGCCCUUCCCAGCAGCCGCGGAGGAGGACGGUGAGGGGAGGAAUGGAAACGAGAGACGUGAAGUUGGCAGCUGGGGCAUGGCGUUCAAGAUUGUGGAGAUGAAUGGAUUCCGCCCAAAUAGAAUCAUGUUUAUUUUUUCAGCUCUCCCUUUUAUCAUUAUUCACGCUCCUCUGCCCUCGAUUUGCAUGAAGUUGAAAAUUGUUGCGAUUUAUUUUUUCAAGAGAUCAUGUUUUUAAAGUGUCUUCUGCAGAGUUUUAAGUUGUUCUAUCUGAACUCUGCUGCAAUCCCAUGAUGUGACCCUAAUAGGCUGGACUUGCCCCUCCAGUAGCCUUCCUUGGCCCUCCCAGGGAGGGGCACCCUUCCUCUGCACCCCAGUGGGCAUCACCGUCGAACUCACUGGCUGAAUGAAGAAGACCGUGUUACUGCAGAACCUGCCAAGUCUGUCAUCACUGUGGGGUGUAGCCUGCCUCAGAGGGACCUGCAAUCACCUCUCUGAGCUCAGUGGUAUUUUGAGAAUUUAAUGUUUAACUGUACCCCUUUCCCUCAGGAAGAUUUAACAUUUGCUUGGGAAUGUGAUUUUGCUCCCACCCUAAGGAAUUUUUAUCACCAAAAUGAAUGUUAAUGAAUUUAAAACCCAUGGUUUAUCAUUGGCAAGAGGCAAGUUGACUUCAUCCUGUCAUUCCAGCCUGGGGUCUCCCAGCCAGCCCUCCUCCCCGACCCAGCACCCAAGCUCACAGAGUGUCGUCGCCCACCUCCCUGGGUCCUUGCUUGUUAACCCAAGAUGCUGCUACACAGAUGCCAAAUGGAAAUCUUCCACAGGGCUUUUUCAGUAAACAUGUAAUGUGGAGUGCAAGCUCCUCCCCUUCCCACUAGAACAUACGUUAACAGAAAAGGAGUCGGACCUUCUAGCUGCACUCUGUACUGUGUGCCGAGAAGGCAUUUCUAGACCCAUGUUUUUAAAGGAGGGAACUUUGGGGAUUGCCAGCCCCUGCUCCUCCUCCCAGGGAGCCAACUGUCCCUCCUCCCCUGUCCCUGGGCCCAUGGGGCCCGGCAGUGGCUGUGUCCCCUGCCUGAGGGCCUCUGUGCCUCCUGCCUCAGAUGCGGCCCAUGCCAGAGAGGCUGCCUGUACAGCCAGGGUCAGUUUGGCCCCAAACAGGGAUUCAGAAACCAAAUGUGUGUUGUGGCCAUUUUAUGUGUGUCUCCGUCUUAUUUUAAUACCAAAUUCAUCAUGUAGUGAAAUUAUGUCAGGAGGUAUUUGAGUGACUGAAUUCUUAACUAUAGCUUAUCUGUGUUUUGUUAGCCCGAGGGAUAUGUGCAGGUUGUUGGCACUAUUCAUACACUGAAAUGAAAUCAUACUGACCAGUGUACACAUGAGAUUAUCAGUGCCCGCCGCAUCCAUCACUAGGAAAAGGAGAGAGCGAUUUCUGUUUAGGCUCACUGCGCAAAGGGAGGCCUUGGCUAAGCGGCAGUUUUCUUCUCCCUACUCCAGGUAGGAAGUCUGUUCAGCCAUGGCCGGGCUGUGUGUGGGGCAGGGAGCGUGGCUGAGGAGCAGACAGCAGCGGGCUGGGCUGGCUGCCUGGUGGGCAGUUUGGUGCUUCGGGUGUUGUGCGUGCCCGGCUCAGUAUUUCCUCUGGGAUGCCAGUCCUGGAGUGUCUUCCUCAGAAGGUACCAUGUCCCUUAGCGGGGGGAAGUACUGAUCUCACUUGGUGUAGAGGGUCAUGGGGACCCCCCGAGGGUGCUGAGUGGCCUGCUACUGGCACGCAACCUGCCCCCGUGGGAUGAAGCCCCACCGUGUAGCUUGACCUUAGAGGGGACUCCACUCUAAGCAUCCUUUGUUUUUAAACAGAGCCAUCUAGAUAUAAAAGUCAGUUUCUUAAGAUGCCUCUCACUGAGCACAACACCAGUGUGAUGAGUGUAUAAAGAUGAGGGGUCCCUGCAACAAAGCAAAGCGUAGCCUAUGCUGGGGGAGGGCAUCUAUCCCCCUCUUCGGGUCUGCGCAGUGCUGGCCUUCCCUGAGCUGUGGGGAGCCAGGCCUGCCUAGCCCAGCUUCUCUGGCCUCAGGAGCUCUGCCCUGUCAGCCUAUCCGGGCUCACGUCUGCUUCUCCACACACAGUCUCUCAGGGAUGCCUUGCUACCGGGAGAGCCUCUGGAAUCAGAGCUAGUGUGUUGGUACCCUUUUCAGAGCUCUGCUGUUGCUUUAUAAAUCCUAAAGAACUGAGUCUGGGGAGAGGAGAGGGGAUGCCAGCUGCCGCCUCUGACUUCAGGGAGAAGCAGACUUCUUAAUACUGUCUUACCUGCUCGGUGUGAUGGCUUCUUCCAAAUUAUUCUCUUAUAAAAGAGCUCGGCAGGAGUGGCAUCAGUGGGGCUCCCAAAGGAUGAAAUGUUAGCCGCCAAGUUCGUAUUCAUUUUCUGUUAUUCUUUACCUUCUAUUAGUCACACUAUUUUAUAACAUUAAGGAAUCUAAAAUAAUUCCUGUCAGGUCCCUGAAGGAAUGAAGGCUAACAUCUCCUUUGGGUAGAGCUUAGGACCCUUCAAACAACACUCAUGUCUGAGCGACCAGAUUCCUUUUCCAGGCCCCAUUUUCCCUUGAGAAACCAACCUCUCAGAUGGAGGAGAAACACUGCACUGUUGCUUCUUUGGGGCAGCAGGAGAAUGACUUUGGCUUGGAAGGCCUCUGCCAUUCAUCUCUACAAAGCCAGUGGGGUCCGGCAGAGAAAGACUGUGGAAUAGCUGCAGUCUUGAUGUGGCUGCUCUUUGGCACCUCCGCUGGACUGUCCUCCCAUGGCUGUGACCUUUUCAAGUGUGGAAGGGAGUUGGUCGAGUGGACCAGAUGCAGACCCCUGAGGUCUGGAUACUGAUGGUAGGCCUCACCCUCCUUUACGGGGCCUCUCUGGGUGGGACAGAGCCUCACCUGCUCCUGAGCAGCCACUGGUGCCCCACGGUUCCUCUGAAACUAAAUCCCUAGCAUCCAGAUAGUCCUGGGACACUCUGCCUUCUCUGUAAAUGAGGAGGGCUUUUCUCCUGCUGUUUUGGAGGUUCCUUCCCUUCACUGCUUGUCCCAUAUGCAUCAGGCAAAUUCAAAAUCAUACAUUUAAACUCUUAGGAAAACAAAAUCUAAGACUUACACAGAUAUCAGGGUGCUAAUCAACUAACUGAAAUCUUGAUUCUUACAUAAUUUGAACUUGAAAGGGUACAUUGAACUCUGUUCUUUCCUCCCUCCUCAUCUCACUCCCUGCAGGGAGUUCAAUGCCAUGUUGAAGCGGUUGGCAUCCCCAAGUGGGAGGGAGUGGGGCAUCUUACUAUCUUCUAAUGUGACUUCAAGGAACAGUGCAAAUGUUGAAUGCAGAGCUUCACACUAAUAUGGAACAGUAACUGUGAGUAUAUUUACUUGUGCUGUCGUCAGCACUGUACGCUAAAGGACCAGCUUUUCCAAGCCUAGGAAAAUAAUGGUAGAUACAAAUAGAAAUACAUUUUCCCUAGGAAAUGGAGCAAUAGGAAUUUGAGCUAAGCAGAUACCAUGAACUUCUGCCCUCAAAUUCUCUUUCAGUUGAGGAGCAGACCUGUAUAGGCCCUGGCUGAUCAAGUCUGUGUCCUGCCUAGUAAAAACACACAACCACCUCUGUCAUCUGAAGGCCAGCCGGGGAUCUGUAGCCAUCCCUGCCUUGCCUAGGCCCAGGAAGGUGAGGUCUCCUGGGCAACCAGAGUUGCCCCUGUUGUUCCCCAGGGGUGAUCCUAGGCAGAUGACUCACCUGGGCUGGCACAGGAAGGUGUUCACCUUGUUUUCUGGGGCUCCAAGCAAGAGCAGGCCAGGGAGGGCUGGCUUUGCACACUACGUAGCAUGACCCAAGCUCCCUAGUAGCAUGGGAAAAACUCCCCUCUGCUUUUGAGCCCAGAUACGGGCUUUUCUUUGCAAAGGGUUGAGGAGAAAUACAAGACUGAGCUGGCAGGUUAGGGUCCAGAAGGCCUCUGAGGUGCCAUUGCUUACUUCCUUACUGAGGAAACUGGCUCUUGUCCUGGGCCAUGUAGUUCCAUUCUGGGCUCUAGGCUAGUGGUGCUUCUGUCCAUCAAGAGUAUCUGGGUGAGUUGUAGGUUAACCCAGAAUUUAGUAGGGAUAUAGGGGUUUGAAUAGGAAAGUGAUCUGGGGAUUCAGAAAUUUUUCUGAUGUAAUUUAUCAAUGAGCAACUUCUCAGUGGAUUUUUAUACCUCAGGGUCAUUUGCAAAUCUUUCUCUUUUCCUAUUUCUUAGGUGUUCAAGUUGGUUAAUAGGAGAGAGACGUUCAGAGACUUCUAAGUUGAGGUUCAUUUGCCUCCGUUUGAGGGGUGAGUGGUGCACCAAUAGCUUGCUGCUGUUACUCAGCAAGGCUGUGAGACAAGCAGGCCUUCCUCCUCUAGCACUUGCAAGCUUUCUGUCUGCAAUCACGGUUUACUUGCCCGUUUCCCCUUUGCUACCUUCUUUCCUAUCUGGAGAUUCACAUUCUAGAGUCCCUGGUCAACCCUAUGGAUGCGAAGAAGAGAUGGCAGUUCACAGCAACUGCAUAGAGUAGGGAGCAGCUUUCCUCCCACCAUCCUAGGCUGGGGACCUUCUUUGCUUCUCAGACCACUGUGGUUGGCUCAGCUCAAGUAAGCGUGUUCUCUCUGUAUGCUAGAGCUACUGACAUCAUCUCUACUAGAAUUGUUUUAAAUAUCUUUUGAUGGGAAAUACCAGGUUGAACUUCAAGCAGCAUGGAAAAAAAGGUUCUAGCUGCAAGAGAGUAAAGUUCUAGGUGUUUGUAAGCCAAGGUUUAUAUGUACACAGAUCCAACACAUACUGUAAGAAAGACUUCAGUACACAAGGUUUUCAGGUUUUAAUGCCCAUUGGGACCGUGAACAAAUGAGAAGAAUGGAAGCAUUGUCUUGCCUCGCUUGGAAGGAUGCCUUCUGGCAUCUGAUCCACAUGGAUUCACUUUUAGGAUGCAGUUCUUUGGGGGCCAGAUUCUGCUGCAGAUUCACCCUGAAGAGAACUAUCCAAUGGGCCUGGUGGGGCUUGGGUGCCUGCCCUUUUUGUUGGAGGCUCAGACUUCUAGAGCAGAGCAAAGUUAGGAAGAAUGAGGUCUUAGGAUUCUCAUUCCCCAGAGAGCCCCAGCCUCGCUUCUGAUCAUUACUCCCCAAGUCUGAAGUCUACUGUGAAGGUGAAGUUAUCAAUUUUUUCUUGAGUCCUUUAAACCCACAAAUGUAUAUGCUUUAUUUUAUAUUAUUUAUUAUGUACAUAUGCCUGUUAGUACUUCAUCUAUGACUAGGACAAGAUCUGUCUUGAAGCUUCCUUAUCCAUGGAUCCUAGGGUUCUGCUGUCCUUUAAGGUGGGUGAGAGGGUAGUGUUGUUUUUUAUAAACAGGUUGCUGCUUUUAUGUUGGCCCUAGCAUCCUCAGCCCCUUUAGUUGGGCCCACCUGUAUUCCUUAUGACCAGUGUUUUGGGUGAGGAUGGAAGCAGGUCUCCUACCUUGUGGGCAGGGCCUCUCAAGUACCUCCAUGAAGUAUUUCCGAGGUAGUUUCUUGGUGACAGGCUCUCUUCCCCUAUGUAGGGUACAGUACAACUCUGAGUCCACGGCCUCCUUCCUCCCAAGGCAGGUCACUUGCCUGGCCCCACAAUGAUAAUGGUUUCUUCUACUUACCUUAGAUUGCAUAAUCCAUCUUUCUGGAUAAUGGAAGCUGCCUGCCCAUCUGGGCUCUUAAUAGGCCUUUUCUUGGUUUUGAGGCCCAGUGCCAACAUUGCCUUGGCCCUCAAAUAAGACCCUGCUUUGUGUCUGAUGUUCAUCCUCCUCGGCCUUGAUUCACUGUAUCAUAGUGUACAGGUCAUGCAUUUGAGCAGUGAAGUUUUCUGAACACAGUAUUCAGAGCUGUGUACAUAAACCUAAAUAAGCACAAAUGACAUGUAUAGGAUUAAUGAGCUGAUUGUCAUAAUGAAUGCGUUUUAUAAUUCAAAUGAUGUUGUAGAUGUACAGUCUCGUAUUUAUUUUGUACCAAUUUAUUUGUAAAUUUUGUGAUUGUUUUACAAGGUGUUUAUUUCUAUUCUAUUUAGAUAAAUGAUGUUCUGUUGACCCUGCUA